UCUAUAUAUACAUUGUUUAUAUAAUUCCUCUCCUACUCAUCACACCCUUAUCAUCUCUCUCCCCCCUCUCUCGCUCUUACCAAUAAAAAGUCAGCGCCUUCUUUUGUCUGCCUCCUCCUUUCUUUGUCCUCAAACAGUGAUAGCUAGCAGACACAAGGUACAGAUUCAGAAACCUUGUCUCUCUCUCUCUCUCUCUAAAUGGAAGACGAUUGGGAUCUUCAGGCGGUGGUAAGAGGCUGCUCCACCGCCACAACCACCAGCAACAGAAGCACAGCCACCACCAACAGCAACAACAGCACAUGCUUCAAAAUCUCAAACUUCCAUUCAAGCCCUGCUUUUUCUUCUUCAUUUGGUACCGCUACUCUGCAGCCUGGCCUACAGCAACAACAAUUCCAAGUGCUUUUCUCUCUUCCAGAUCCCAUUAAACCCAGAAAUGCCAUAGAGGACUUGCAUGAGCUUUACAAGCCCUUCUUCCCCAAAUCUCAGCCUCCCCUCUCCUCACAAAUCACACCACCACCCAAUCUCUCUCCUUUGACUUCUCUCACUCCUCUGACCGCACCCAAAGAUCAAACACAUCCCAUUCAACAACAUCAACACCAAAACCACUACCAGCAGCAACAACAACAACAACAGUCCAAGCCAUCAUCUCAUUCUGUUUCCUCCACCACCACCCCACGAUCCAAAAAAAGAAAGAACCAGCUUAAGAAAGUGUGCCAAGUACCAGCUGAGAGGCUCUCUGCAGACAUAUGGGCAUGGCGUAAAUAUGGCCAAAAACCCAUAAAGGGCUCCCCAUAUCCAAGGGGAUAUUACAGAUGCAGCAGCUCAAAGGGUUGUAUGGCCCGAAAACAAGUGGAGCGGAACAGAUCCGACCCGAAUAUGUUCAUAGUUACCUACACGGCCGAGCACAACCACCCGGCCCCAACUCACCGCAACUCGCUCGCCGGCUCCACCCGCCAGAAGCCCUUCUCGCCGCAAACCGUCACGGGCAGUGACUCUACCAAACCCACUUCUCCGGCAACCUCGGCGUCCGUCGACGAAGACCCUGUUGUACCUCAGAGUACAACCAUGGAAAGCUUCAAAGAAGAAAAGGGCAGUCCUAUGGUCGACGACGACGACGAGGAGCUCUUUGGGAUGUGUGAUUCGGUCGUGAGCGACGAUUUCUUUGUGGGUUUGGACGGUCUCGCCGGAGAUUACUUUUCCGAUCAUUCUCCGACGAGCUUUGGCGUCACCUGGGUUUCUAGUAAUGCUGCGACCGCCGCUGGCAGUAUCUGAUUCGUCGAUAAAAGUCAUCUCUUUUGUCAACACUUCUCUUUAUUUUUUUCUUUUGGGGGUAUUUUUGACUUUUUGUUUAGAGAGAGAGAGGGAGAAAGAAAGGGUUAGGGGUGUAACUAUGGGUGGAAUCUUGAUUAACAAUGCUUAGUUAUGAAAUUAGUUGGGGGGGAAAAAGGCUUGUAGUUUUAGAUUAGUGAAUUAGUUUUCUUUUUUAUUUGUUGAUUUAUUUUUGGUUUGAGUAAAGUUAGUGGUAGUGAUUAGCUACUACUAGUAUAUUACAAUGAAUAUUGGUGAUUUUAAUUUGUUGAUCA